AUGAGGGGAAUCAUACUUGCACUAGCGCUCACCCUCGUAGGUAGCCAGAAGUUUGACAUUGACCCUGGAUUCAGUAGCAGAAAGAGCCACUUGUACAGCUAUGAAGGCUGGGUGCUGAAUGGGCUUCAAGAAAGAAGUUUAGCCAAAGUCGGCGUGCGCUUGAGCGGCAAACUAGAGAUCAGUGGGCUGUCAGAGAACGCUUACCUCCUCAAGAUCCGCUCUCCACAAUUCGAGGAAUACAAUGGCAUCUGGCCCAGGGACCCAUUUACUCGAUCUUCCAAAAUCACCCAAAUGGUUUCUUCAUGUUUUACUCGGCCCUUCAAGUUUGAAUACGAUAGUGGACGGAUUGGAAACAUUUAUGGCCCAGAAGACUGCCCCAAUAUGUGUAUUAACAUAGUGAGAGGAAUAGUGAACAUGAUGCAGAUAACCAUUAAAAAAUCACAGAAUGUGUAUGAAUUGCAAGAGGCUGGAAUUGGAGGUGUCUGCCAUACAAGGUACGUCAUCCAGGAAGACAGGAAGAACAACCGAGUCUCCGUUACCAAAACCGUAGACCAAAAUAAUUGCCAGGAAAAGGUGAUGAAGAGUGUUGGAAUGGCUUACAUCUAUCCUUGUCCUGUAGACAUGAUGAAGGGAAGGCUCAUAAAAGGAACUGCAGCUUUCUCCUACAAACUGAAGCAGUCAGACAGCGGUACCCUGAUCACAGAAGUGGUGUCGCAGCAGGUGUAUCAGAUCUCACCACUCAGUGAACCUACCGGUGUUGCUGUCAUGGAAGCAAGACAACAGCUCACCUUGCUUGAAGUGAGGAGCGAACGGGGGAGCGCCCCAGACAUUUCCAUGCAGAGCUACGGAAGCCUUCGUUACCACUUCCCGUCAGUAUUACCACAGAUGCCACUGCAGCUAAUCAAGACAAAAAAUCCGGAGCAACGGAUAGUGGAAACACUGCAACACAUAGUCCUGAAUAACCAACAAGAUUUCCACGACGAUGUUCCGUACAGAUUCUUGGAGCUCGUCCAGCUCUGCCGGAUAGCAAGCGCUGAUACUCUUGAAUCCAUCUGGAGGCAAUUUUCAGAUAAACCCCGCUACAGGCGAUGGCUGCUGAGUGCAGUUUCUGCAACAGGCACCACAGAAGCACUCAAAUUCAUUAAGACCAGAAUUCGCAAUGAUGACCUUAACUACCUUCAAACUCUUCUAAGUGUUUCUUUUGCUCUCCAUUUAAUGAAAGCUGAUGAACAUACUGUUCCAGUAGCAGCAGAUUUAAUGACCAGUUCUCGAAUCCAGAAAAAUCCCAUGCUUCAGCAAGUUGCCUGCUUGGGAUACAGUUCUGUGGUCAAUAGAUACUGUUCUCAGACCUCAGUUUGUCCUAAAGAAGCUCUUCAGCCCAUCCAUGACCUGGCAGAUGACGCGAUCAGCAGGGGCCGUGAAGACAAAAUGAAAUUAGCCCUGAAGUGCAUUGGUAAUAUGGGAGAACCAGCUAGCAUCAAGCGCAUCCUGAAGUUCCUUCCCAUAUCUUCAUCCAGUGCUUCUGAUAUCCCCAUCCACAUUCAGAUUGAUGCCAUAAUGGCCUUGAGAAAAAUAGCUUGGAAGGACCCCAAAACAGUGCAGGGAUAUCUCAUCCAGAUCCUUGUAGACCAGUCACUUCCCCCUGAAGUGCGAAUGAUGGCUUGUGCUAUUAUCUUUGAGACAAGGCCUGCCCUUCCCUUAAUAACAACAAUAGCUAAUGCGGCAAUGAAGGAGAGCAAUUUGCAAGUGGCCAGUUUUGUCUAUUCCCACAUGAAGGCUUUGUCGAAGAGCAGAUUGCCAUACACGUACAACAUAUCUUCGGCUUGCAAUAUCGUCCUUAAGCUGCUGGCCCCCAAAUUGGACAGGCUGAGCUAUCGGUAUAGCAAGGCCAUGCAUAUUGGUGGUUACUUUGAUAACUAUAAAGUUGGUGCUGCUGCAGAUGUCUUUGUUAUGAACAACCCUGGAACAAUGUUCCCAUCAGCCAUAAUUUCCAAGCUGAUGGCAUAUUCUGCAGGGUCAGUGGCUGAUUUGGUGGAGGUUGGUGUCCGCGUGGAAGGCCUCACAGACGUCAUCAUGAAACGAAAUAUACCGUUUGCUGAAUAUCCCACAUACAAAAAGAUAAAGGAGAUUGGAAAAGCUCUGCUGGGAUGGAAGGAGCUGCCAACAGAAACCCCCUUGAUAUCAGCCUACUUGAAACUAUUUGGCCAAGAGCUGGCCUAUGUCAACAUCAAUAAGGAAGUCCUCCAACAGGCUAUGAAGACUGUGCUAGAACCUGCUGAUAGGAACACAGUGAUGAAAAGAAUCGUCAGCCAAAUGCGCAAUGGCAUAGCAGGACAAUGGACACAGCCGGUGUGGCUGGGAGAGCUGCGAUACAUCGUUCCUACCUGCACUGGUCUGCCGCUGGAGUACGGGUCAUACACUACUGCUCUGGCUCGUGUGGCACUCAACGUUGAUGGAAAGAUGACCCCCCCUUUAACUGGAGAUUUUAGACCUUCUCAGUUUCUUGAAUCCACCAUGCAGAUUCGGUCUGACAUAAACCCGAGCUUAUACGUACAUACAGUUGCAACAAUGGGUGUCAACACAGAAUAUUUUCAACACGCUGUUGAAAUUCAAGGCAAGGUCCUGACAAGAGUGCCAAUGAAGUUUGAUGCCAAGAUAGACAUGAAACUGAAAAAUAUUAAGAUUGAAACAAAUCCAUGCCAUGAGGAAACUGAGAUAGUGGUUGGAAGACAUAAGGCUUUUGCUGUAUCAAGAAAUAUAGGAGAACUAGGUGUUGAAAAGAGGACCUCGAUUCUCCCAGAAGAUGCUUCAUCAGGUAUUGUGGAAGAAUCUUUCAAACCAUCAGAGAGAGCUUCCCGUGAAGGUUUCACAAUGCAAGGAGCUGACAGCAUGCCAAGGAAACAUGCCUAUAGCUCUCAAGAGGAUUUUCGCCACGGCACAGGAAGAAAAACUCAUAAACGAGACAUUUGCGUCAAACUGCGUCAUCUUGGUUGUCAGCUCUGCUUUUCCAGAAGGUCACGAGAUGCCAGUUUCCUAAAAAAUACGUAUUUGCACAGAUUAAUUGGAGAACAUGAAGCUAAAAUAGUCUUGAUGCCAGUUCAUACAGAUGCUGAUAUAGACAAAAUUCAGCUGGAGAUUCAGGCAGGAUCCAGAGCAGCUUCCAAAAUAAUUCAUGCGGUAAACUCGGAGUCUGAGGAAGAGGAUGAAUCAUCUCCGUAUGAGGACAUUCAAGCUAAACUGAAAAAGAUUCUAGGCAUUGAAAAUGUGUUCAAGGUUGCAAAUAAAACACGACACCAGAAGAAGCAACCUUCUAAGAAAGGAAACACUAUGCUAACAGAGCUUGGGACAGACCCCAGUGCAAAAAAUCCCUCCAGCUCAUCUUCUGCCUCCUCAACUGUCUCCUCCUCUUCUUCCUCAUCAUCUGCUGCUUCUCCUGAUCGUAAAAAGACCAUGGAUGAAGAUAAGAAUGAUCAAGUAAAGCAAGCGAGAAACAAAGAUGCAAGCAGCAAGAGCAGCAGCAGCAGCAAGAGCAGCAGCAGCAGCAAGAGCAGCAGCAGCAAGGGCAGCAGCAGCCGAAAAAAAAGCAGCAGCAGAAGCAGCAGUAGCAGCAGUAGUAGUAGUAAGAGCAGUAGCAGCAGCAGCAGGAGCUCAUUGAGUCACCAUAGCCACGGGCAUCAUACAGGACAUCUGGAAGGUGGCGGCAGCAGCAGAUAUUCCAAAAUAUGGGGAGAUCAUGAGAUUUAUCAGUAUCGCUUUAGAUCAGCGCAUAGACAAGAGUUCCCAAAAAGGAAACUCCCAGCUGACCAACUUAGCAGCACGUACUCCUCUACCAGAUCCAGUCGUGCCUCAUCGCGAGCUGCUUCCUGGCCUAAUUUUUUGGGAGAUGUUAAAACACCAAUAUUAGCUGUUUUUCUUCAUGGCAUUCAUAACGAUAAGAAGAUAGGAGGCCUCCAGCUCGUGGUAUAUGCUGAUAUUGACUCCAUCAAGCCCCGGAUGCAGGUAUUUGUGUCAAACCUCACAGAUUCAACCAAGUGGAAGCUCUGUGCUGAUGCUUCAGUCCUCAAUGCUCACAAGGCAGCGGCUUACCUGAAAUGGGGCCAGAAUUGCCAGGACUACAAGAUUUCGACUGAGCUGGUAACUGGGCGGUUUGCUGACCACCCUGCUGUACAAGUGAAACUGGAGUGGCCUAAAGUUCCUUCAAGUGUCAGAUCUGUAGCAGAAUGGUUUUACAAGUUUGUCCCUGGGGCUGCGUUUAUGCUGGGGUUCUCUGAAAAAACAGACAAGAAUCCUUCUCGACAAGCCAGGGUGAUCGUGGCUCUAACUUCUCCAAGGACAUGUGAUGUUGUUAUCAAGCUUCCUGACAUGAUCCUCUAUGAAAAAGCCAUGAGGCUUCCCCUGUCACUCCCUGUAGGUCCAAGGAUACCAGCUUCAGAGCUGCAGCCUCCCAUCUGGAAUGUCUUUGCUGAAGCCCCCUCUGCAGUGCUCGAGAAUUUGAAAGCUCACUGCUCAGUUUCCCACAACAAGAUCACAACCUUUAACGAAGUUCAGUUUAACUACUCAAUGCCAGCAAACUGCUACCACAUCUUGGCUCAGGACUGCAGCUCUGACCUUAAGUUCCUGGUGAUGAUGAGGAAUGCUGAAGAAGCUAUGAACCUGAAAGCAAUCAACAUCAAGCUUGGCAGUCAUGAAAUCGAUAUGCAUCCUGCGAACGGACAGGUGAAACUGCUGAUAGAUGGGGUUGAAAGCCCCAGGAGGAAUGUUUCAUACAUAUCUGCUGGUGCUUCUCUGUGGAUCCACAGUGAAAAGCAAGGGCUUGUACUUGUUGCCCCAGCCUAUGGCAUUGAUAAAUUGUACUUUGAUGGAUACGCAUUUAGGAUUCAAGUUGCUUUAUGGAUGGCAGGGAAAAUGUGUGGAAUAUGUGGAAAAUAUGAUGCAGAAUGUGAACAGGAAUAUCGGAUGCCCAAUGGAUAUCUAGCUAAAGAUGCAGUGAGCUUUGGGCAUUCUUGGAUUUUGGAAGAAAAGCCUUGUACAGGAGCCUGCAAAUUGCGACGCUCAUUUGUGAAGCUUGAGAAGACAGUUCAGCUUGCGGGUGUGGAGUCCAAGUGCUAUUCUACAGAGCCUGUGCUGCGCUGUAUGAAAGGAUGCUCCGCCACCAAGACUACUCCAGUCACUGUUGGUUUCCACUGUCUCCCAGCUGAUUCAGCUACCAGCCUGACGGACAAACAGACAAAGUUCGACCAGAAGUCAGAGGAUAUGCAGGACACUGUUGAUGCACACAUAGCGUGUUCUUGUGAGAACGAAGACUGCAGUGCAUGAAGCUGUACAUUGCAGUACAGGAAAAAACAGAAGCACUUUAAUGUUUUUAUUGUGUGGUGUAAGACGACUCAUCUUAAGGAAUAAUAACGAUACUAAAUUAAGUGUUUAAAGACUUGUGGAAUCUUCCCAACUAAUUUAAAGUAUUAAACUUCAUUAUUGUAGAAACUGUUAUGAUUGCCCAUAAAUAUCUGAUUUCGUAAUAAAUCCAUGCAUGGAAAAA